AUGGCACGGCGCGACGGCGCGGCCGAGGCGGGCGAUGCGCCGCUUUACCGACGGAGCAAUGCAAAGAGCGAGACGUAUGGAUUUUCGCUGUAUAUUUUUGCGUCGGUCCUGUGGGUCUUGUGGGUCCUCUGGGCAGUGUGCCCCGACUCGGUGCUGAUGCGCCUCGGCAUUGCCUGGUUUCCUCGACGCGACUGGGCGUACCUGCUGAUCGCUUGGUCGCUCGUGCUUGUGCUAAUGACGUACAUUGGAUUCGGCGCACUAAACAUGUACCAUACCCCCCCGCUCGACUCGCUCGACUGCAUGACAGACGGGCUGGGCGGGCUCCCCACUUUGUGA